UGCUAUCAUUAACUCAAGUCGGCGGGGCGCAACAACAUCACAAUUUCACGAGAAUAAGUACCCAACUUAUCAUGGUCCGAGCGGCAUGCCAUGGGAGCAUGCCACAACAAUUCUCGGCACAGGCUCUUCUGGCUUCGAGUCGGCACCCCGUGACCUGAACAGCCAUGCUCCUCUUCGAGUUCAUUAUCCUGUGUUACCUCCGCAGCUACCUUCCACCACACAGCCCAUUUUUCUUCCUUCGGUGUCCUCUAGCAGCAAAUUUGUUGCCCCUUUGAGCGACCAGCCAUAUUUACUUGGCGCUAGUGCUACCACACCUGAAAUCCCCCUCACAGAACGCCAAAUUUCUCAUCACAUAGAAUACACAACUCAAUUGGUCCAAGGGCAUCAAAUCCAGCAUCCAAGUUCGUAUGGCUUUGAGUCGGCACUGGAUGACCUGAAGGACCAUGCUUCUCUUCAAGUUCAUCAUCCUUCGUUGCCUCUAGAGCGACCCUCGACCACGCAGCCCAUUUUUAUUCCUUCAGUAUCGUUCAGUACUACUGCAACCCCUCCUUCCAGCGCCCAGCCACCUUUUUUCGGCGGCAGCGUGGCCUUAACCAAAAUCCCCUCUGCAGAUCGCCAAGUCUUUCGUCCCUUGGAGUACGGAAUUCAAUCAGCCAACGGGCAUCAAAUCCAGCGGCCUGGUGGCCCUCGUGCUUACAUGGUCGAUGGUCUUUUGGUUGACGAAGAAUACCUCACGGACGAAGACGGUGGCUACAUCAAUGUCCACGCAUGCGGUCGUGAACACUCUCCCUGCGGUCUCUGGGUUAAAGCGGACAGACACUCUAUCCUGCGCCACGGACAGCGGUGGCACCGGGACGCUCGAGGUGGUGGUGGGGAUAGAAAAAUCACUUGCCCGUGGUCAGGCUGUAACAGCCAGAUGCGAAUGAGUGCCAUCGCACGGCAUACUUUGAGCGCCCACUUCGGUGCAACGUGGACUUGCAGGGGAUGCUCAAAACCUUUCACGCGUCACGAUAGUUUUAAGACCCACUCUCGAAAAUGUGGUAAUCUUGGAGCAACCGUGAAGUAUGACACCAGCACCCGUGUCAUUGACACACAACUGUUUUGAGAUAUUACGAUUGAAAAAAAUAGACAAAAAUGACGGCAGAUCGCCUUCUCUCUUACCUUUGCCAUCGUUAUUAGAUAUCUUUACUUUCACUCGUUCAGAUGCACCAUUUUCAUCACGAGGGGACCCCUAGGCAAGAGGCGGGGCAGCAGUCAUGUCACCGCAGAGUCAGCCACUCGUUAUGACAUUUCAAAUACUGUAAUUUAGAAUGCAUCAGCCUGCUUCAAAGGUUCGGCCUGUGCAUGUGGCGGGAACACAAACUAUUUUUGAGGCACCAUCAAUAUUUCAUCCUACUAGGAGU